GUCACUCCCUUUUCCCCGUUUAUUUCAGAAAAAUAAUGACAUAAUCCAGAACACCUGGCUGAAAUUUUCCACCAUGGCGAGCCCCACGAUCGAAUCUCUAUGUUGUUUAUCAAGCUCGAAUGCCUUCAGUAAAGACUUUCUCGUAGACUUCCAGAGUGUGCCUUACAAUGCCAUAUCCAUUCUGGCAUCCCUUUUUGGCAUGGCUGGUGCCAUAUACCAGAUUCUUCCCCGAACACCUGGUUAUGGCUCCACAGGUCGAGGGGGAAGUUUAUUCAAGACGAGGGGGCGCCUUAUCAUAAAAUGGCUAGCCUUUGCUGACCUUCUGGCCGCAUUCGGGAUUCUUAUAAGAUCAGCUUCCUGGCUUGCCCAUGACACCUUUGGAUCAAAGGCAGAUGACAGCAAACAAGGGCAUUCUUUGUGCAUCACAACAUCGGUUAUUAUCCACUAUUUCUACACUGCAACUUACUGCUGGACUUUCUUAUAUGCCCUGGAUGUGAAGUUGGUAACAAGUCAGAGACUCAUAAGCCACCGCAUGUACCAUGCAGUGGCUUGGAGUGUUCCGCUAAUCCUGUGCCUCUUGGGACUGCUAACCCUGUAUCUUCCUGAUCUAAAUUGCCACAGUCAAGCCGUGAACCCGUAUCUGAGAUUUCUGCCGAAUUAUUUAAGCACAUUUAUUCCCAUUGUCAUUGUUAUGAUUGGCAACCCAAUACUUUAUUGCAUCGCGUUCUUUAAUAUUGAAACGCAAAUAAUAUCAGCUAGAGGGAAAUAUACCCAAUCAGAACGGCGGGUUGUUGAUGGUCUGCGCAAGAAGUUCUUGCUAAUCAAUGGAGUUUUUUAUCUCUGCUGGUUGCCAAAUAUCAUCAAUGGCAUCGUCUUGUGGACAUCUUGGAAUAAUCUUCCUAAAGCAUUUAUUAUAACAGUGUGGUAUCUUAUGGCAAUCCUAAAUCCACUGCAGGCCGUAUUCAACUCCAUGGUGUAUCGCAGCUGGGAGACAGGCAGUGGCAUCUCAAAGCCCAGUUGGUUCCCAUCAAUAUGGACUAUGCAUUCAUCACAACAGCUGGAGGUGCCCAGUGUCAAUGCUGAUGAUGCUUAUAAGGAUAAGGAUCCUAAACAAUUAGAGACUACAGAAGAAUCUUCUCAGCAGUCUGUUUCAGUGGAGUUGUCACAUGAACGAACACCAUUACUGCACUCUUUGUCAAAAGAUGGAGUUAAUCAAAGCCAGCAUGAGGCCACCAGUAGCCAGACUGCACCUAAAUCAUAUACUUAAUACACAAGUUGUUUCUGCUCCAAUGUAGUUAAAUACAUUAUGGAUUGCACAGAAGCAUAUAUGUGCCAAUAACCUAAAUGGUAUUGAACACAUAUAGUACAUUUGCUUCUCUCUGUUUUUGGCAGUCUCAGGGAAAUGCUUUCUAAUUACAUAUGCAUCUGGGAAAAGCAGAGUAAUACUUUGACUUCACAGACUUCUGAAACUAAACACUUUUAUCAAAUGUUGAAUCAACUUUAAGCAGGCCUAGCAGAAUGUACCAGUAUGACAAAAUGUUCUCUUGUUCUGUGUUCUCAGUUGUCUCUAAGUAUUACAUCCCAAGUCACAGUGCAUAUGAAAAUUUUCCUUUCCUCUGCAGUAUUGUUUUUUCAGAUGAUAAUACUGACAAUUUUUUGAAAAUCAUUUGUUUUCAAUUGCUUUAAUGAUCAACAGUGCUUUACUUCAUUUAUCUAUGGCUUGUAUCACUGGAUCUAUAAUGCUUUUCAAUGGAGUUUCUCAGAGUCACAAAGCACUCAAGAAAGUUCAUAUACUAUAAUAUGACAAGCUUAUUCUUGCAUCUGCUUUCCAGAUUUGUUUACCUUUUUUGUCAUUUAUAUUUGUCUUACUAAUUCUGUAGUUCCUUGAAUAUUUAUUACAUUUAUCUUAUUGAACAGGAUCACCUUUUACAUUUUUUAGACACCUUUUAUUUACAUUUUUUUUCUUUCUUUUUCUUUAUGGCAUAGUCAAUUUAUGGUGUUCUGUAUCCUUUGGUACUGAAAAUAAUUGGUAAUUUUUAUGUUUUAGUACACAUUAUUCACAAAAAUAUUUUAUGCUACUUGAACGAAGAUUGAAGCAUAUGAUCUAUUAUUAAAAUGCCAUAAGAUCUAUUAUUAAAAUGCAGACAAUGUUAUAGAGAGUUGCUAAUCAUACAUUCCAACUGUCUCAACAUUCCAAUUUUCAUUCCAGAUAUAUCCUUGAGAUUUAAAGAUUGUUUGUUUUAUGGUUAAAUAUAUAAUGCACUUUUUAUUAUGCUCACUGACCUCCAUCCAGAUAUCAGGUUUACUCGGAGGAUGGGAAUCUCUUCUUGACAGCUAACUGAUAACUAUUGCAACAAAAAGGGGUUGCACCUGUUAAUACUCACUGCCAUAUUCAUUGCAUUAUACCGACUAACUUUUGUAGGUAGUUUGUGUACAGGGCUUUUCAUGCAGUUGAUUGAAAUUGCUGGGCAAGAUACUCCUUCCAUUGGAACAACUUUGAGCAGAGCAUAGUGGGUAGAAGUUACCAGCUAUUGAUACCUUUUUUAGUUGUUUUUUUUGUUCUGU